AGUUGAUGAAAUUUUCUCCAAUAUAAGUUGUUUUUUUUCAUCGAAAUUCAUUAUUCUGAACUUUUAAUAAUUUACAAUGCAAUGAAACCAUAUGAGAUAGAAUAUUUGCUACGUUGUAAUUAUUAUGCUUAAUUAUGUGUUGUGUCAGCAAAAUAUUGGUGAGCUUGUAAAGACACCGAUUAAUGGUUAAUCAGUUUACUAAAAAAAUUUGGCUUGAAUUUAGUACAGAUUAAAAGUUGUUUUCAUUUAAUUUUCAAAAUUUACUUAUUUUAAUGCUUCUGUGCUCUAAGGAAUAGUAACUUGCCUGUCGAAAUUUUGUGUUUCUGUAACUGAGUUGUUACUUAUUAUUUUAUUUUGAUUUAAAGAUUGUAAAUGUUUAUAUCCGCUAUGAAAAUGACUGAUUCUCACACCUCUAUUGAAAGCUCUGGAAGUGAUUAUAACACGACAACGGCACAAGUGGACACGGCUGUUAGUGCCAUAAACGAACCAGUGCAACAAAGUAAUGGAACGAAUGGUGGCUGUGAAUCGGAAUCAACAAUUAUACCAUUUGUAAUAAAAGCACCAAUUGCAAAUUCAAAGUUGAUAUUGCAAAACAUGGAGGAAGUUUUAAAUUCGGUCAAAAAGAAACAUCGUCAAAAACACAGACGAAAAAGAGAACAGAAAAAAUUGGCUCAAAUUGAAGCUGCAGAGGCAGGAUUAAAUCGUAUUUCAAAUAAACCCGAAAGUACAAAGGUUGAAAAAAGUGAAAGAAAACAUAAAAAGAAGCCAUUACAAGAAAAAUCUGCACUUGAAAAUGAUUUAAUUCAUACGAAAACAAAGAACAAAUAUCAAAAAUCCCCACUAAAAUCGGUUUCCAAUGAAAGUAUAUUGAACCAUUUUUCACGCACACCAAAAAAAAGUGAUAAUAUUGAGUCAGAUGUCAUUACAAAUAACAAAAACGAAACUACCAGCGUCAAUGAGAUAAAAAAAACCAACGCUUUUGAAGUAUUAAUGAAUGCACGCAAUAAAAGUAUUGGUUCAAAUUCACCUGGCAGAGAAGUAUCGGAAGUAUGUGAAGUAGAUGCUGAAAAGUCGGCAAUAAAAAUAAAACGGAAGUUAUUGCUUGAAGAUUGGGCUGAGAAGAAAGGAGCAUCCAAACGAAGGGCUGAUGAAGAAAUGCGUGAAGAAUACAUAGAACAAGAAAUGAAACAUCGUGCAAAACGAUUAAAGAAAAUGCUUACUAAUGGUCACACCCCAAAGAGCUCACCAGUUUCACGAUUAAAAGAAAAUCAUAAAGCAAACGAUGGAUUAUCGCAGAGUUCAAAUGCCGUUACUCCAACAAGCACUUGUAAAGAGAAAGUAAAACGAAAAAGCCGUAUUCGAAAACGUUUGGAAUCAUUAGAAUCAGAAGAAUCUUUAAAUGACAUUAAAAAAUUGGAUGAAGAAACAGUGGAGUUUUUAUCUAAACUAAAUUCACCUACAAAGAAACGUGAUAGUCUAUUAGGAUAUUUUUCAAAAAAAGAGUCACCUAAAGACUCCAUAAAAAAAGAAGUGGAAACAACAAAAACUAAAGAAGAUAAACAAUUGACACCAAAAAUCAAUCAAAAACGUAAUUCAAAACGAAGAACACCGAUUGAAAUAAAUUCCAGUAAUAACAUUAAGCAAACCAACGAGAAAUUGUCAGAAGAACAGUGUACAACACCUAGUGGCCGUCCUAAACGAUCUUGCGCUGAUAAAGCACGUUAUGAUUAUGAUUUGGAUGAUAUAAAUACAGAGAUAUCUAAUAAAGCUAACAGUUCAAGGUCAAAAGCAACAAAAUGUAAGGAUGAUAGAGAUGACAUCGUUGAAGUUAUCAAUUUAGAUGAGAGUAGUUCAAAUGAAACACCAACGCAAACUCCUAAAAAAUUAGCACCAGUAUUUGUACGUUCUAUUCCGAAGCCCCCACCAGAUCCUGAAGUGUUAAAAGCACGUAAGGAAUUUUUGAUGUCAGGGUUGCCGGAAAAAAUACGAUUAGAAUGGGCGAAACAAAAGCAACAAGAACUGAUAUAUGAAGAAUCAAUAGAAUUGUUUCCAAAAAUAGCACAUGUACAACAAUUUGAUGCUAAUGAUCUAUCAUUGGUGCAAUAUAAAGCUUUUGAAAUAAAAUUCAGAGCAGACACAGAUAAUGAUAGUAUAAAGAAUUCAAACAGAAAAUCUAAAAGUAAAAGUCGUUCUUCCAUUGGUAACCUUACAAGUUGCACUAUUCAAGAUUUUCGUACGAUAAGCAAAUGCAACAUCAAUGACGUGGUGAGAAAUGUUAAACUGCAGUCGUUGCCUGUUUUGCAAAAUAAAAUUAAAAUCGUUAAAAUGUGGAAAAGUAAAUUUUUAAAUUUUCCAACCUACAAGUGUUACAACCAAUUGCGUGAAAAAUAUCGAUAUUUCAGUGCGAUAGAUUCAGCCCAAAAUACGGAGCAAGUAACGGAGUCUUUUGUAGUAACUCGUCGCACUACUCGAACUACAGAGACGAAAAAUAACUUUGAUGAUAGCACUGAGUAUAAACCACCAAGUGCAGCACCAAAUGGUGAAUUGCUAUUCAAUGAAAAAUACAGACCAAUGUUGUUCGAACAAGUUCUAGUAAAUUUGACCCCUAUAACGCAGCUACGGGACUUUCUCUCUAAUUGGUCUGAUAGCAACAGCAGUAGUGUCCGCAGCUCACAAGCAUUAGAUGAUUCUGUAGAUUUUGUAAAUGAUUCAAAUUCAAGCGCUUAUGGUGUUUGUAACACAAUGGUUCUGCUGGGUCCAAUAUCAAGCGGAAAAACGAGUGCUGUAUUUGCUUUAGCAAAUGAGAUGAACUUUAACGUUUUAGAAAUCAAUGCUGGCAUGAAACGAACAGGAAAGAAGCUUAUACAGGAAUUACAGGAAGCAACACAAUCACAUCAAAUACGUAAAGAGACUAGUGCAGGCCAUAUUAAAUCCAAACAGAAAUUAUUGAAAAUGUCACUUAAGAAACAAAAUUCUCAAACAUUCGACAGCGAUUCCUGUAACAAUGAUUUGAAUAUAAAUGCACGAAAAUCCUUAAUAUUAAUAGAAGAUGCAGAUAUUGUGUUUGAACAAACUGAUGCAGGUUUCACGGAUGCUAUUUAUACACUUGCUGCAAGUUCGAAGCGUCCAGUUGUUAUUAUUGCAUCCAACGCUAAUUGCCAACAUCUUCAACGUCUAAUGAACCAGAAUAUGAUUCAAUUUUGUUCACCAAAUACAUUAAGUAUUUCAAAAUUUUUCUCUGUAUUAUCUUUAAUAGAAAAUUGUCCCAUUGAUGUUGAAGAAAUUACAUCCUUAUAUAUAUACAAUCGUAAAGAUGUGCGUAAAACUAUAAAUGAGUUACAAUUUUUUAUACAAAGCGGCGGUGAUGCUCAAGAGCAAACACAGAAAAGUAAAGAUAAAAGACUUGUAGAAAAAACGGAUCAGAAUAAACAGUAUUUUGCUUCACCAGAAAAGCGAAAAUAUUCUCAAGAUACAAACACAUUAUGUGAUAAAGAUGAUAACCUUGGUAGUAAUACAGAAAUUGAUGGUGAAAUAAUUGAAGAUAUGGAUUAUUUACAUAGGAAAAUAUUUCAUUUUUAUACAAUGGAUCAAAAUGUGUACCGAAACAUACCUUUUCCCAUUGAUUUUGAUAUUUUACAUUUCAAUGUCAAAAAUAUUUUACAGAUUUCACAAAAUGUACAAAAUGUAACGAAAGAUAUUGAAAUUGAUGAUCAACCAAAACCAACAAGAAAAUCGCGCACGCCAAAGAAGUCACCCCAAAAAAAAUUGGAAAAAAGCGUUCAAAAAUCAGAUCCUCUAAGCUAUUUAACUGAAUUUUAUAAGAAUAUUUCUAUAGCUGCACAAAUAGGUGAUUGCAAUGGAAAGAAUUUAUUGGAAUCAUAUAUAAUAGACAGACAAGUUGAAUAUUUGACAGAGCAUAUAACCCACGAUUUAGUGGAUAGAUCAAUAGACCAUAAUUUGAAUGCUAAAAUUGUUUCAUAUAAUACUUUUCAUGAACCAAGAACAGGAUAUUCGGUUUCCAGGUAUUUGAGUACAAACACCAUACGUAGUCAACGCGCACGUUCUUUAGAUUUCGAACCAGCAUUGCGAUCAAUAUGUCGCAGUGAAAAGUUACGUUCAUCCAUGGAAAGACGUUCGACACGUUUCUAUCAUUAUUUACGCAAUGCUUCUACAAAUAUGUGCAAUUUUUCGACGAAUGUCUUCGACGCUGCAUGCGAUGUACUGCAAGAGCAAGAAAGUGAUAGUGAAAUGGAAACGUAGUAAAGACUACAGAUCCUUAACCAAUGUCUGACAUACAUUCACUGACCUAGUUAAGUUUAGCUAUUAGAUCUAUUAAUUUGACAUUGAAAGUACAGAUUAAGAGUUAGGAACUUAUAACAUGAGUUUGAAUUAGUUACUCUAGAGCAGCAGUAGUAAUGAAAAAACGCUCCAGUCUUACUCUGAAUUUGAAAAUAGUAUAUGUGAGAGUAAAAGCAAUACAAAUUCAAUGUCUUGCUUUGUUCUUUGUUUAAAAUGUUAAAUAUUCAUAAAUAUUUAAAUAUUAUAAUAUGUUAUAUAUUUCAAAUGUUUCCCACUUCGACAGCUCUUGAAGUGGGAAAGAACAGCAAUAUCACACAAAUAAAUUUUAUUUUGGGUUUUUGCGUUCCGACUGUUGC